AUAAGAAAUGUAGAGAAAGUUAUGCAUCAGACGCGAAUUUUUGAAUAAAUUUCGAAUAAGUAAAGGAGCUAUUGAAAAAGAUUAAUUCAUAUUAGACAGUAGUGGACGAUUAGAGAAGUCAAUCGGGAAACUGUUCCACAUUAAGGAGAAAUGGAAAACGCGAAAGCCACAUCAAUUCAAUGGAUUAUUCGAUAUCUUACAGAUAUUCAAUACGAAGAGAAAUCGUUAUCAUUCCAAAGGAAAAUAGUACAGACGAGAAUAUAUAGCCAUUCAAUAUAAUAUCGAUAUUUUCAUUUACAGAGAAAUCUAUUUUUUCAAGUUCCAUUUCUCCUUAUGAGUGGAGAUAUGGAUCAACAUUUGGACCUCCAAUUUUUUCGACUUCUAUCGAAAAAGGAUAUCGCCUUGACUUUGUGUGGGUAAAGGAUUUAGCCUUGAAACGGACCAGUUUCUCUCUAUUGCGGGAUAUGGUCCACCCCUCAUAUUAGAACGUAUAGGUGUUGGUAUUACAUUAACGUUAGUCUGAAACUCACAUCGUUAUCCGCGCCCACCCACACUCACACCCUUAAUUAUGUUUUAUUAAUUUUUCUUGUUUGUUUUUUUAUAGAACGUGGCACUCGUAUUGUCUGUACUGCUUAUACAGAUUUGAAACUUGUUUUACAAAUGCCACGUGGUAAUCUUGAAACAAUAUAUCCUCGACCAUUAUUAUUAACUUAUAUAUGUUCUGAAUUACUUAAUAGUAAAACAUUAAAUUAUAAACGUGCAUUUGAAUUAAUGCGUAAAAAUCGUUUAAAUUUAAAUUUUCUUUAUGAUUAUAAACCAAAACAAUUUAUUGAUUAUAUACCAUCAUUUGUAUCGAAUGCACGUAAUGAUGAUGAUAUAUGUUUAUUUCUCAGUGAAAUUGAUAAUGAAAAAAAUACACGUGAAGAAUAUAUGAAAUAUAUAUUAAAACAAGAUGAAAAUUCUAUAACGGAUAAUCAAAUUUGGCAUCCAAAAGCUAAUUUAAUUUGUGAAAAAUUUCGUGCAUAUCUUGAAUCAACACCAAAUUCAGCUUCUGACCAUAUGAAUUCAAUAUUAACAACAUAUAUUAAACAAUCACCACCCAAUAUGGAAGGUGCAUUAACAUAUUUAAAUCAACAUCCAAAAUUAUUUGAUAAUGCUAUACGUUAUUUAACAUAUUUUAUUGAUAUUGAUCGUUUAUAUGAUAUUGCAUUAGGUACAUAUAAUUUUGAACUUGUUUUAAUGAUAAGUGAAAAAACACAAAAAGAUCCAAAAGAAUAUUUACCUGAAUUAAAUCAAUUACGUUUAAUAACAAGUCAUAAUUGGAGAAAAUUUAAAAUUGAUUGUCGUUUAAAACGUUUUAAAAAAGCAAUUGAAAAUGGUUGUGAUUAUUUUAUUGAAUUAUUAUUAAAUAAGAAUACGAAUGAAAUCGAUAGUAAAUUUCAUGAAUUUAUUAAUAUAUUAGAAAAUAAUCGUUUAUAUAAAUUAGCAGUUAAGAAAUUUUUAUCAAAUUCACAAAUUCAACCAACAAUGAAUUAUAUUAAUGAAAUUAUUAAAUUAUAUGGAGAUUAUUUAAUGACAAAAAAAUAUUAUAUUGAAGCAGCACUUAUUUAUGAACGAGGAAAAUUAUAUGAACAAGCAAGUCAAGCUUAUCGACAAGGAAAAGAUGUGCAAAAUUCAUUGAAAUUAUUACCUGAUAUUUCUAAACAGAUCAAACAACCGAUCACUCAAACUGAACAAUAUCGUUCUUUAGCUGAACAAUUUCGUAAUGAUUCAUUAUAUAUUGAAUCCGGUCAAAUUUAUGAAAAUUAUCUUAAUGAUUAUGAAGAAGCUCUUCUCUCUUAUUUACAAGGUCAUGAAUGGUCUCAUGUUAUUCGUUUGUUUUCUACAUCAUUACAUGAUCGUCAUGAUUUAUAUGAACAUGAAUUUCUUUCAGCAUUCAAUACUUUCUAUGAUGAUUUACAACGACAAAUUCGUAAUGAUUUUGAAAAAUUUCAAACACAAACAAAACGUCUUACAAUUCUUCGAACAAAUCUAUUUCAACAUAUUAAAGAAAUACUUGAUUCAGGUCGUGAUUAUGAUAUCGAUGAAAAUGAUGAUCAAUCUGAUAACGAUGAUCAAAAUAUAAAUGAUGAUCGACGUACAUUAGCUACACGUACUGCUGCUGAUGAUACUGGUUCAAUACGUACACGUUUAACAAAAAAAUCUGGUUCAGUAUCAUCAAGUAAAAAAUCUCAACGACGUGCUGCACAACAACUAGAAAAAUUAGUUCAAUUAAAAGAAGGUUCAAAACAUGAAGAUCUUGCAUUAAUUCGUGAAUUAUGGUUAUUAAUAACAAAAUUUGAUAAAUUAAAUUAUGAUAUUCGACAUGUUAAUAAAAUUUGUUAUCAAAUAAGUACAUAUCAAAAUUCAUUGGAAUAUGAAUUAAAAGGUGAAUUAUUACAAAAUAAAUAUAGUGAAUGUAUGAGUAUAAUUGAAAAACAAUUAAUAAUCAUAUGGUUAAGCACUCCUGAACAUCAACAUCAUCAACAACAACAAGAGAAUGUGCAAAUUUUGAUAAUAAAUAAGAAAAUUCGAGAGAAAUUAAAGAAAGAACUUGAUUUAAUUUCUAAUCAAUAUCGUGUUUCACCUAUUUUAAAUUCGAAAACUUCCCAAUGGAAACUUGUUCUUUUUGAUACAGAUGUUUCUAUUUAA